AUGGAAGAAAAAAAGCAAGAAGAAAUUAUCAGCGGCGAAAAUAUAAGCGCAAUCUCUGUACAGUCAAGACUACUACCGUUUUGGCGCGAAUAUCCCAGAGCCUGGUUUAUUCAAUUCGAAGCCGUCGUCGACCCGCUUAAGACAUCCGAUGACCAAAAGUUUCGCUACGUUCUGCAACAACUUCAAUCAAGCGACCUCCAACAUCUCACUGAUAUUUUAUAUCAGCCACCCGCCGUUGAUAAAUACCAAGCAGUGAAGACACGACUACUUGCCGCCUACGAAAAAUCCGACGUCAAGAAUUUUCAAAAACUCAUCAGUGGUCUGGAACUCGGAGACCAGAAACCUUCGCAACUCUUAAGAAAAAUGCGAGAAUUGAGUAGCGGCAUGGUAACAGAUGAAGGACUUAGAAUCGAAUGGUUGAAUCAACUGCCUACUCAAGUCCGUGUCGUACUAUCGGUGAACACGGAGGCUGCCUUAGACACACUCGCCGCGAUGGCCGACAAAAUGUUAGAGUACACUGAACGUCCCAACAUCUCCGCAGUGUCAUCUUCGAGUGCAACAACCUCUUCUACACAAUAUGAAGCAUUAGCGAAGCAAAUCGAAAAUCUUACCCUCGAAGUUGCUGAACUACGACGUGGUCGUGCUCCGUAUCGCCAAUAUCGCCGUCCCUUUCACUCACGCUCACGCUCGCAUUCGAGAUUACGCAAGACCUCAAAAGUAAAGCCGGGAGAUGCUACAUGGGAAUGCAAGUAUCACUUCCGAUUCGGUGAUAAAGCGAAGCGCUGCGUUUCUCCGUGUUGCAGAAGAAAUAAGAAGUCGGAAAACUAA